AUGGCCGCGGCGAUUCGGUUUCUGAAGAGAGGCGAGAUCGACGAAGACGACGACGUCUUCUCGCGGCUCUCCCCGGAGGUCGGCCUAGGCGAGAUCUCGUGGGUCGCGCCGCCGAUGCGCGAGCCGGGGGAGGACUCCGAGACGGACCCCGAAGCGCGCGGGGACGGCGCGAUCGCGGAGGCGGCGGCGGAGGAGGUGGGCGGCGGCGUGAAGAACCCUCGCUGA